UCAUCACGCCUCUCACCAAUCACGACCAGAUGCCCAGUUGCCCACCACGGCGUCCAGUCAUGUCCAGCACCACCGCCGCUGCUUUCCGCCUGGGCCAGCGCGUGCACGCCGCCGGCGACCCCCGCCGCCUAGGCACGGUGCGCUACCUGGGCCCCGUAGAGGGCCACGGCGGAGUCUGGGUCGGCGUCGACUGGGAUGAUGGCGCUGGCGGCCGGCACGAUGGCUCGCUCGCCGGCCGCCGAUACUUUGUUGCCGUGGGAGAGUGCUCGGCCACCUUCGCGCGCCCCACGGCGCUCAGCGGAGGGAUCUCGCUCCCGGACGCGCUCCGCCUACGUUACCGCGUUCAGGACUUCACCAAGGAGGAACAGGAUGAGAUGUAUGUCUUCUCGACAAGCCAGAAGCGGGUCUCGGUUGAAUUUGUUGGCACAGACAAAGUUCAGGAGAAGCUCAACAACUUCAAUGAGUUGGCCAGUGCAUCCGUUUCUUACAUGGGAGUGAGCUCAAUUGGAGCGCCCAAUGAACUAAACAGUUUGGUUCCAAAUCUCAAACUUCUUGACUUAACUGGAAAUCUGUUCUCACAGUGGCAAACCCUAGAUGGAAAGUUCGUACAAGGUUUCAACACACUGCGGCUCCUAAAUCUAGAAGAUAAUCAUAUUGAUUCAUGGGAUGAAAUUGUGAAACUUUCUUACUUAAGAAGUUUGGAACAACUCCAUUUGAACAAAAACAGGUUAAAGCAUGUGAAAUAUCCAUCUAAUCUUUCACCAGAUGGACCUAUUGAUGAUGCAGCUGCUGUGCCAUUUGAAAAUUUGCAAGUUCUUUUGUUAGGAUCUAAUGACAUAGAUGACUUUUCUUCAGUGGAUUCACUUAACCUGUUCCCAAGUUUAAGGGAUGUCAGGCUUUCUGACAAUCCUGUAGCUGAUCCUGCCAAGGGUGGUGCUCCUCGUUUUGUGCUUGUUGCUCGACUUGGAAAAGUUGGAAUACUAAAUGGCAGUGAGAUAAGUCCACGUGAACGGAGGGAAUCUGAAAUACGAUAUGUCCGCCUUGUUAUGGGAAAAAUAGAAUCAAAUGACCAAGAAGAGAUCAGACGGCUUCACCCUAGAUUCGCUGAACUGAAGUCCUUUCAUGGUAUUGAAGAUGAGAAGCCAACUUCAAGCAUAUCAGGGCCACAGAAGAUGGCUUCUGGCCUUAUAAGUAUUACGUUGAAAUGUGUGGGUCCAUCAAUGGGUGAGAAGCAACCACUGACAAAGAAACUGCCUGCGACAACAACUGUCGGGAAGUUAAAAUCUUUGUGCGAAAGCUUCUUCAAACUGAAGGACAUAAAAGUGAAACUGUUCGUCGAAGAAGAGGGAUGCCCUCUACCACAACCAGUGGAGGAGGACACGGCCUCUCUGAUGGAGCUUGGAAUUGGCUCGGGCGCAACCAUUGUUGUGGACGAAGAGAGCUAGCCAGUCGUCUUUAGAGAAGGGCCAACUGUAUGGCGCAAACUGACGCUUCAGCUGUUAUUAAGUUUUCGAAGAGAAGAUAGCUGAUGACGCUCUUCGUUGCCCUUAUAUACUUCUUUCUGUGGGAAUAUGCACGUGAUGAAUAUUGGUGCGGGUUUGGGCUUCAAAAUGGACUAGCAUAGUAAAAACAUUGUGAGGACGGUUGUUUGGUUGGGAGAAGUUUUCUUUUUUUAUUUUCGUCAACGCAACGAACUACGUCAAAUUUUUUUUUGAUUACUGUGGUGUGUCGCUGACGUUUUCCACAACUGAAACCACUCUGUCAUUGUGCCACAGAUAAUUUUUCUUUUUAUUUAAUAAGCAAAAGAAAUUAGGGCC